GAAGCUAAGCCAACCUUGUGAAAAAGGCAGCAACAGUUUAUUUUAUCUUGUCUUCUCUCUUAAAAAAGUACCAAACGAAACGAACAAUCUCUGAGCUUUUUCUCUAUCGAUCAAAUUCAUUCAUUCGUCACAGCCCCCACCCCACUGUUGCCCUUGCCUCACUUCACUAGGAACAUCACUUCCUCUUCUUUCGCUUCCAAUCAACCGCCGAACCAACUCCAAAUACAAUUCCAAACACUAGUACCACAAUACAACCCAUUGAAACCGUUGAAGAUAAAUCUAAUUUCUCUCCGUUCAUGAAGAAAUCGAGCCUUCCCUGCCUGCAUUUUUCUUGAAAAGUGCAUGCAAGACAUGAAGAUCCUUUUCUUUGCUUUAUAUGCAUUUUUCUUGGCCAACAAACAGUCUAGGUAGUCUCUUUCUAAGAACGGGUAAUUUUGGUAGCGAAGGCGUAAUUCUAUUUCCACACACCAGACUUUUGUCACAAACAAUGGGGAGCACAUUUAAUCCGCAGAUUCUGAUGGAAAAGCUGGCCAAGCUCAACAGUUCACAGCAGAGCAUUGAGACUUUAUCACAUUGGUGUAUUUUCCAUAUGAAUAAGGCAAAACAAGUUGUUGAAACAUGGGAUAGACAAUUCCAUUGCUCCCCACGUGAGCAAAGAUUGGCUUUUCUAUAUCUUGCGAACGAUAUUCUGCAGAAUAGUAGGCGAAAGGGGUCAGAGUUUGUUGGUGAGUUUUGGAAGUUUCUUCCAGAUGCACUCCGUGACGUAAUCGACAAUGGGGAUGAGUUUGGAAGAAAUGCUGCACUACGACUGAUCAGCAUUUGGGAGGAAAGAAAGGUUUUUGGCUCUCGAGGACAGAUUCUUAAGGAGGAGCUUGUGGGAAGGCACCUGGAAAAUAAUAAUAGAAAUGGGAAGCAUUCAGGGUUCAAACUGCUGAGGCAUUCUACUGGAAAUGCAUUGGAUAAAAUAGUUUCAGUUUAUCAAGUUGUUUAUGGUGGCCAACUGGAUGAAGAUGUUAUAUUGGGCAAAUGUAGGAAUGCUAUCAGCUGCAUUGAGAAAGUGGACAAGGAAAUUGGGGGUGAUUUUAAUUCUGGGAAACCCAAUGGCUCUCGUGUUGUGGAGGAGCUUCAAGGGCAGCAUGCUAUAUUGAGAGACUGUAUUGAACAACUAACAGUAGUUGAAUCAUCAAGAGCAAAUCUUGUGUCUCAUCUGAGGGAGGCUCUUCAGGAGCAGGAAUUCAAGCUGGAUCAAAUUCGCAGUCAACUUCAGGCAGCUCAGUCCCAGUCAGAACAGGCAGGUAAUUUGUGCAGACAGCUACUGAACAACAAUGCACAGUUGCUAGCUGAGCAGAGUAUGAAGGAAACCGAUACCUCCAAAGCGCCUCACAGUUUUAUAAUGGGAAGCAGAGAACAAUCGGCUCCUGUAAUGUAUACACGGACAUUACCUUUUUCUGAAAAAUCUGGAGAAGACCCCAAAGCCACAGCGGCUGCAGUGGCUGCAAAGCUUACUGCAUCAACAUCCUCAGCUCAGAUGCUGAGUUACGUCCUCUCUUCUCUGGCAUCAGAGGGUGUCAUUGGCAAUACAAUGAAAGAAUCAUCCAGUGAUUUUCCUUCGGAAAAGAGAACAAAACUUGAGAAUGACCACCCCGCUUACAUACCAUCUCAGAAUUCUCAACCACCGGUUCCGCCUUAUCCGCAUCCAGACUCACUGCAGCACGGUGUCCCAAUCACCACACAAGAAUUGACUGCAAAUGAACAACCACCUCCUCCGUCAUCGCCACCACCAUUGCCGCCAUUACCACCUAUGCAGCCAUAUCCAUUGCCUCAUUUCAUGCAGACCACACCGUAUGGUUAUGGCGUAACACAACAGCAGCCACUGCCCAUGCCUGGCUAUCCAUUUACAGCUCCUCCAACAAAUCCAUACCAGAGUUUUCAAGGAUCAGAAGGCGGUUUUUAUAGCCAGCCAUCGUCCUUGCCAAUGGCACCAAUCUCACGGCAGUAGAAUUACCCAGUCUUGUCGGUUGAUUGAAAAGAGUAGGGUCUAGGGUGGUUGACUUUAGGGCAUUAGAGAGUGUAUGGGGGCUUGUUACCCUGGAAGUCUGAAGCCUUCCUUUUAAAUUGUGCCUUUUUAUUACCCAUAUAAGUAGAUUUUGCACAGGGUAAGUAGAUGUGUUUGUAUUCUUAUUUUUCCAGUGAGUUUUUAAAUUUAUGGAGUUUGAAUAAUUCCAUUUGAGUAGCUGAAUUGAAUAUAACAAAUUUUGAACUGUGUCGAUUGGUGAAUCUAUCAUUUAUCCAUGGAUGUGGGACUAUUUUGAAUAAA